AUGACAGAGGUCGAGGAUGAUACACAGGAUAUGACAGUGGUCGAGGUUGAUACACAGGAUAUGACAGAGGUCGAGGAUGAUACACAGGAUAUGACAGAAGUCGAGGAUGAUACACAGGAUAUGACAGAGGUCGAGGUUGAUACACAGGAUAUGACAGAGGUCGAGGUUGAUACACAGGAUAUGACAGAGGUCGAGGUUGAUACACAGGAUAUGACAGAGGUCGAGGUUGAUACACAGGAUAUGACAGAGGUCGAGGUUGAUACACAGGAUAUGACAGAGGUCGAGGAUGAUACACAGGAUAUGACAGAGGUCGAGGAUGAUACACAGGAUAUGACAGAGGUCGAGGAUGAUACACAGGAUAUGACAGAGGUCGAGGAUGAUACACAGGAUAUGACAGAGGUCGAGGAUGAUACACAGGAUAUGACAGAGGUCGAGGAUGAUACACAGGAUAUGACAGAGGUCGAGGAAUGGAUGAUACACAUGAUAUGA